CUUCUUGCUCUCCAGCGUCCGGGUGUCACCGAGGCUGGGCAGCGGCCAGACGGAGGGCUGGAAAGCGCUACUUAGCCGAAAGGUGGUAUCGCAGCGGGGCUGAGGGACCGGCCCGUCCAGCUUCACGCCUGUUUAGACCUAAUAGUUUGAUUCCCACUGCCCUCUGUGUCAACACCGCACAGUUCCCCUGAUGUCGGAUUUCAAGCUCGGGAUUGUGCGGCUCGGCCGUGUGGCCGGGAAGACGAAAUACACCUUGAUUGAUGAGCAGGACAUACCCCUAGUGGAAAACUAUGCCUUUGAGGCUCGUAUGGAGGUAGAUGCUGAUGGCAACGGUGCAAAAAUCUUUGCUUACGCUUUUGAUAUCGGCAAAGGCCGCUGGGCUGGAAGACCCCUGCAUGAGCUGCUGUGGGAGAAGCACAGAGGAGGCAUUGCUCCUACUUUUCAAGUUAUCCAUAUCAACUCUGUGACUGUGGACAACCGGCUAGACAACCUACGACUGGUACCGGUGGGCUGGAGCCCCAAGCCGGAAGAGAUUUCCAGCAAGCAGAGGGAGCAGUCCCUGUACUGGCUGGCCAUCCAGCAGGUCCCUGCUGAUCCUGUGGAGGAGCAGUACCUGGAGCUGAGCCGCACACGCUACUAUAAUGCUAACGGGGAGCUAGUGGAGGAAGAGGAGUGUUCCUGUACAUACUAUGAGUGUCAUUAUCCCCCUUGUUCACUCAUUGAGAGGAGGUUGCGAGAGUUUAACAUCUGCGGGCGCUGCCAGGUAGCUCGCUACUGCGGCUCCCAGUGUCAGCAGAGGGACUGGCCUGCCCACAAGAAGCAGUGUCGCGAGCGCAAGCGGGUUCUGGCGCUGGAGUCGGAGCCAGAGCGGUGAUCAAUCGUCACCCUCGACUGCGAGAGGAGGGUCAACGAGGGGGGGUUAGAUUUGUGGGAGGUGGGGGGUGAACGUGAACUCGCUGAUAAGAGACUUAAUGACAGAAGACAAUGUUUGACUGAAAGUUUAUGGGCUAUUGACAUGGAGGACGGGGAAGAAGAACACAGAAAAGACAUCUGACGCUUCCCAGAACACUCAAUUCUCCAUAGCUUGCUUUUCAUGUGGAUUGCAGGGAAUUGUAUUUUUGUUUUGUUAUUUUUGUCUCUAUAGUUCUCAUGGAGGGAGAACUUUGAGCUCAACCUGCUGCUAUGGUUUUCUAAGUGAUGGAAGGGGUGAAAGAGUUCUCUGUGAAGAACUUGGCAAGCUUCUUGGGAUAACAGUCAAACGGAGCGUUCCCGUCAUCCUUUCGUUCCUCCUUCCUGCCGCUCCCGCUCGGCGGGACCAUGGGGCUAAAGGACCCGUCGCUCGGCUGGUACAACGGGACAUGGACCUUCUCACUGUAUCGCUCCCUCUCCACCCGCCCUCAUGCAAUUAAACAGCUGCUGCGUUUGUGAUCGUCCACACCCUAAACACCUCGUCCUGUCCUUCCCCUCAUGCAGAUUUCACCAAUUGGAUCACACUACCAGUAUUGAGUGUAUUUGUGUGUCUGAAUGCAAGUGGUUGUUUGCGUCUGUACUGCCAACGUGUGCUGAAGGACAUUAAAAAUGGUGGCUCGUCGGUCAGGUUCAUGUAUGUUGGGAUUUUUUUUUUUUUUUUUUGGUCUGAAAGGGGCCAUAUUACCCAAUUUUAAAUGUCCUAUUUAAUCAGAAAUUGGUGGUUUGAAAAAUAUUUUCACUGUUCUAGUAAAAAGAAAAAUUAGCUGCCAAAAUAAAGGCUUAGUUUUCUAUUAAAACUUUUCCUGUUCAUUUUUGUUUUUAAUUGGUUGGAUUUGGCUUGUUUUUCCUUACUUAUCCCACCCAAUGCUGGAUGUUAGUGUUAUUUAUCUGAACUUUCCCG